UGUUAGCCUUUAAACGCAUGAAAAUGUUUGCAAUGUUUGCCUCUAUUUCUGGCGUUUUGUUAUGAUUUGCACUCCUUUUCACUCUAUUCUGUGUUUCUGUUGUGUUGUCUCUCAUCGACUCUCACUCUCUAUCACUCUAUGUCUGUAUUAAUCACUCAAUUCAUCCCAAUAUUCAAUUGACAACUCAUUUGACGGCAAAACUAUGAGCCAAACGACGGAUGAGCCAAACAAAGCGGUGGCCGAAGACAAGAGUGGUGUGGAUGUGAACGGAGACACCGAUUCGCCCCCAGAAGAGGAUCUGGCGGUGAAGUGGUGUUUACACGACUGGACACAACUCUUUCGGAUUGCCAUCAAGUUUUACAGAGACAAUGAUAGCAAAGCAUUUCAUCCGACAUACGAUACACGCAAUCAAUUCAUGGCUUAUAUAUUGCAAGAAAAAUACGGCAAUUUUGACGCAACGAAAGCCAAACCGUUGGGCACUCUUGACAUCGUCGGCAAAGACCGCAGAAAUUCUUGGAUAUCGUUGACAAACACAGACAAACAGUCGGCACAAAAAGGUUUUGUCCAACUUUUGAACCAAUUGUGUCCACUGUUUGAGCCGUACGUAAAGGCAUUCAAAUUAGAUUUUGACGAAAAGGAGAGACAGAGAAGAGAAGCGCAAGAGUUGGAGGAGAAGCGGAUCCAAGAAGUGAGAGAAAAAGAAAGACUUGAAUUGGAGUUAAAGCGAAAAUCAGAGGAAGAGAUGCGAGAAGUGGAGGAACAGAAACGUCAGAUACAAGAAGCGCUGAACAGACAAACGAUUCAACAAUUUAAGUCAUACGCCGAACAACAAUAUCCCGGGAAUAUUGAACAACAAAACCAAUUGAUCAGUCAAUUACAAGAACAACAUUAUCAGCAAUAUUUGCUACAAUUAAGGGAACAACAGGUUUCCAGAACUCACACCCAAAGCAUGAAUAAUGCGAGAAAUAAUUUCGUUAACAGCGAAAGGGAGACAAAUUAUUUGCAAUCAAAUACAUUAGUCACGCAAACUGUUGCACUCGAGCCAAAGUUGAUGACAGCCGAAGACCUUCACAACAAUCAUUUGGAACCGACGACGGGCUCAGACACCGACUCGGAAGACGAGAGUUUUGGUCCGAUCGCCGGCGCCUCGAUGUGGACCCGAAAGGAUAUCGCUCUCUUCAAAGAGUCGAUUAGGUCUGAAGGCGGCGACGGUAUCAUCAAAGUAGGUCACGGAGAGAUCGUUACGGUUCGGGUGCCCACACAUAGAGACGGCACUUGUAUUUUCUGGGAAUUCUCUACCGAUAGCUAUGAUAUUGGCUUCGGUUUACUCUUCGAAUGGACCAAAAAUCCCGGAAAUCAAGUCUCGGUUCACAUCAGCGAAAGUGAAGACGAGGACGACGACGAAGAAGAAGGUGAGAUAGCGUUGGCUAACGAUAUAGAAAAGGGGACUCAUUUGGAUCCGGAAAAGGAGUCGAUGUCUCCUAAGAGCCAAACC